AUGUUCUUCUUUAGGAAGAAGGAAACCCCCGCCGAGGGGGCGCAGGGGGAGGAGGAGAAGCAGAAGGAGAAGGAGAAGCAGAAGGAGGAGGAGAAGCAGAAGGAGGAGGAGAAGCAGGAGGAGAAGCAGAAGCAGGAGGAGAAGGAAAAGGACGAAGUGGUAACUCAAGAGAUGUCCCAGGAGAUGUCCCAGGAGAUGUCCCAGGAGAAGGCCCAGGAGAAGGCCCAGGAGAAGGCCCCAGUUAGCAACCCCUUUCAGAACAUCCAAAAGGGUAGCCAGGAGGGGAAGACAGAAAACGAUUUGCUACAACAUGAUGGUGAAAGGGAAGGGGAAAGAAAAAAGAAAAAAGAAAAAAAAAACAGCUUAGAGGAGAAAAAUGAGAAAGAGCUAGCCACCCAAAUGGGAAACGGCGGAGACAGUGAUCAUACAAACGGACAAGUAAAGCAUAGCAAAGUUGCGCACGACGAAGGGACAACUCCCCCUAGUGGGAACCAUGUCCGGAGGGACACGUAUAGAUUGAUUCCCAGCGGAAUAAAAAAGAAAAAAAUCAACCUGUACAGCUCCUCUAGCUCUUCCGAUGCCUCUUCGAAUGAAGACCUAUUUAUCGGUAAAAGUAAUAAAAGGAAAAUGGAGACCCUCGAAGUGGGGGAAUACGACCAAAUUAGGAAGAAGGACAAAAGGGAGGAAUCCCAACGAGAUAAUCAAGUCAGUAGUGGCACUACUAUCACCAACAGAGUUAGUGGGAACAGCAAAAUAUUUGCCAACGUUAGCAGUGGGGGUGACAAGCUAAUUUUCUUAACAAAAAGGGACAGAGAAGAAAUGAAGCGAAAGGCGGACAAAAAAGAAAGUGAAAGAAUUCCUAUGGGGGAGGAAGACCUUCAUAGGAGAAAGUUCCAUGAGAAGGAGGUCGAAGACGCAAAGGGGAGGAAGAAGGAGGUCGAAGACACAAAGGGGAGGAAGAAGGAGAUCGAUGCGAAGACCGAUGCGAAGACCGAUGCGAAGACCGACUCGAAGGAUGACAGGCAUAGGCUAAGGAGGAACUCCGAGUCGAAUGAGGAGGCAAGGAGGCGAAAGCUGUCAAAUGGGGACUCGGCCGAGGAGGAAAGCGGCGGAAUUGGGGGAAGCGGCGGAAGAAGUGGAAGCGGCGGAAGAAGUGGAAACGGCGGAAGGGGCGCGGAGAGCCGCUUGAGCCCCCCCAGCGCGUACGCCAAGGUGGAGUCGUCCCUGGCGGAGCUGAACAUGCUUAACAUAAGCGCCAUCGAACGGGACAGCCAAAGGGAAAAGGAGUUGGAAACAAUUAAGCAGCAAUAUUUGGGACUAAACAAAAAGAAGAAGAAGAUGCAGAAGCCGUCAGAAAAAUUUAGAAACAUUUUCAACUUUGAAUGGGAUCAAUCGGAGGACACCUCCAGAAAUGACACGAACCCGUUAUACCAGAACAGGCUAGAGCCGCAGUUGCUCUUCGGACGAGGGUACAUCGCAGGUAUAGACGUCCGAGAGCAGAGAAAGAAAAAUAAUUUCUACGAUAAGUUAGUGCAAAAUAGGAUUAACUUUAGUGUGAAGAAAGGAGCGGUUGAGGAGAAUUCCCUCAAAAAGGAGCUCCACCAUAGGGGCGGCACAAAGGCGGGCAGUAACAGCGAGCAUGGUGCUAGGAGCAGCUGGGAGAAUGGCCCUUCUGGCAGCUGGGCGAAUGGUGCUUCUGGCAGCUGGGCGAACGGUCCUUCUGGCAGCUGGGCGAACGGUGCUUCCGACAGCUGGGUGAAUAGUUCAUCUAGCCAUUUAGACAUGUCAGCCAUGGCGAACACGCCGAACCCAAUGGAGCAUCUAACGAACCCGAAUAAUCACUCCUUGAGUAGAAGCAAAACGGGGGAAUUCAUUUACGAACCGAAAGUGAAUAAUAUCAUUUUGGAUGUUCAUAACAAACACUGGAGUGAAAAGAAGAGAGAAGAAAUGACGGACAGAGAUUGGAGGAUAUUCAGAGAGGACAACGAAAUUUACAUCAAAGGAGGUAUCGUUCCAGCACCCAUCAGAAGAUGGGAAGAGUCCAACCUUUCUAGCGAUUUGUUAAAAGCUAUUAAAAAGGCAAAAUAUGAAAAGCCCACUCCAAUCCAGAUGCAAGCUAUACCUAUAGCUCUCGAAAUGAGGGAUCUAAUCGGCAUCGCAGAAACGGGUUCAGGAAAAACAGCCGCAUUUGUUCUACCCAUGCUUGCUUACGUGAAACAACUCCCACCAUUGACAUAUGAAACGUCUCAAGAUGGACCAUACGCUCUUAUUAUCGCCCCAUCGAGAGAAUUAGCCAUCCAAAUUUUUGACGAAACGAAUAAGUUUGCAUCCUACUGUUCAUGUAGAACCGUAGCAGUGGUAGGAGGAAGAAACGCAGAAGCACAAGCAUUUGAGUUGAGAAAAGGAGUGGAAAUUAUCAUAGGUACUCCAGGAAGGAUACAGGAUUGCUUAGAAAAAGCAUACACUGUCCUAAACCAAUGUAACUACGUUAUCUUGGAUGAAGCAGAUCGAAUGAUGGAUAUGGGGUUUGAAGAUUCUGUGCAUUUUAUUUUAGAUAAAAUUCCAACAUCUAAUUUGAAGUCAGAAGAUGAUGCUUUAGCUUUACAAGAAGAAAUGAUGGCAAAGGCUGGACAUCGUCUGUACAGGUUGACACAGAUGUUUUCUGCUACGAUGCCUCCAGCUGUGGAAAGGCUGUCAAGGAAGUACCUUAGAGCUCCAGCUUAUAUAUCCAUUGGAGAUCCUGGAGCUGGUAAACGAUCGAUAGAACAGAAAUUGGAAUUUACUACAGAAGGAAAGAAGAAACAGAAACUGCAAGAACUUUUAGAGGAGUAUGAAGCACCUAUUAUCGUUUUUGUGAAUCAAAAGAAGGUGGCAGAUAUUAUUGCUAAAUCGAUUAGUAAGAUGAAAUUUAGGGCAAUUGCUUUACAUGGUGGGAAGGCACAAGAAUUGAGAGAACAAACUUUGAAUUCUUUUAAAAAUGGAGACUUUGACAUAUUGGUAGCUACGGAUGUUGCUGGGAGAGGUAUCGAUGUGCAGGGCGUCAAACUUGUGAUAAACUUUGACAUGCCGAAAGAUAUUGAGUCGUAUACACACAGGAUUGGACGUACUGGGAGAGCUGGCAUGAAGGGACUGGCCAUUUCGUUUGUCACCGAGCAGGACUCCCACUUAUUUUACGACUUGAAGCAGUUCCUCAUAUCUUCCAACAAUAUCGUACCCAUGGAGCUGGCCAACAACCCCGCAUCCAGGGUGAAGCCUGGCUCGGUCAUGCACGCCCCGAAGAAGCCCCAAGUCAUAGGGGUACCUACCGUGGGGUGA